UGCUAGCUAGUGGCAGCGUGUGCCAUUCAUUAAUACAGAAGACGACAGGACGGACGAAGGUCGUGAUAGAAUGGAUGUUAUAUUUAUUUCUCCUUCACGUGUCCAGCAAUUACUGAAUGAAAAUUCUCGUUCUGUUCAACUUAUAGAUACUCGGUCAUUUAUACACUAUAACAAGGGCAGGAUUGUAACGGCUGUUAAUGUUUAUUGUACACCUUUAGUGAAAAAACGAUACCCAAUUUGUCUUCCGUUAGACCUUAUCAUGUCCAAAGAUACCAAGCGUUGUUUAUCCAGACCUAAUCUAGAUACAGUUAUUCUAUAUGAUCAAGAUACGGACCAGUUAAACAUGUCUAAUGAGAAAAUAGACUUGCAUCUGCUUUUUAAAAGUUUUUCAAGAUUUUUAGGAAAUAAGAAGAUUUUGGUAUUAGCAGGUGGUUUUUUGCGUUGCAAACAAGUUUAUCCACAUCUGUGCAUGGGUCAUAGCUCCCCAUUAAACAGUUUAUCACACACGUCAUCAUUAGACGGAUUAACAUUAAAACUGGCAUCACAAUGUCGACAACUACCUGAUAUUGAACCAGACAGACAAGUCAAACGACCAAGGUUAUCAUCGACGUCGCCCGUUGAACUGUUACCAUAUUUAUAUCUGGGUGAUGCCAGCCAUUCCUCUAUGAAAGAGGAACUUCUAGAUCUGGGCAUAACCGCCAUCUUGAAUGUAUCCACUUCUUGUGCCAACCAUUUCCCCCACGACUUCCGGUACAAGAUAAUACCAGUAGAAGACACUGCGAGUGCGGAUCUAUAUUUUUGGUUUAAAGAUGCCAUCCAAUUUAUUGAACAAGAUCGUGAGAAAGGAGGAAAGAUCUUGGUUCAUUGUAAGGGUGGGGUGAGCCGAUCAGCUACAAUAUGUUUAGCCUAUUUAAUGUUCACACGAUGUGUCGGCUUGGAGGAUGCUUUUGAUUAUAUCAAAUCUCGACGUGAGAGUAUUUCACCCAACGCUAACUUUAUGAUGCAACUCUACAAUUAUGAGAAAAUAGUGGUUUCACAUUCCUCACCCAGGUCCCCGUCCGCCAACUGCCGACCCCUGUAUUCCCCUUCCCGCUUCCCCUCCUCUCCUUAUCGGUUUCCUUCGUCGCCCUAUCGAUUCCCGUCGUCUUCCUGUCGUUUUCCCACAUCUCCUUGUCGAAUCCCUACGUCACCAUGUCAGCUCCCCUCUUCUCCGGGUCGCCCCCCUAAUUCCCCUCGUCGCCCACCUUAUUCGCCUCCUUGUCCACUUAUUUCUCCCUGCAGAACCCCCAGUUCCCCUCGCCGGACCCCUAUUUCUCCACGUGGAAUUACCACACCAUACAGUCGAUUUUGGAAUCAGAGUGCAAUAAGCAAUAAUAACGAUCUAUGUAGCAUUGUCCCCACCGAACAGCAAUUCAACAACGAUACAAAUCAAACCAUCGAAUUACACCAAACUGCGCAACGUCAGACGGCGCCCCAUCAAGCUCCUCAUCUUAAAAUUGCAUCUAUGGAUAAACAUCGUGUUUCUACUUCUUGAUAGACUACGGAAAUGAUCCGAAGAAAUUUCUUCUUAAAAUUAGCGACUGUUCGAAUUCUAAAGAGUUGUGUUCCAUAAGCUACUCUCUCAAAAUGGUAUGACAAUAGUGGUCUCAAAACCUCUAAGCACGCCCUGUAUCGCACAAACGAAUAUUAACUCUGAGAGAUACCACGAGUGCUAAGUGUGCCUGUUGUGGUUGGAUAUUUAUUAAUCGUUACUUUGCAAAUGUAAUUCACUGGUGUAAAGGAGACUACAUUUUAUAGAGCCAGUUAGUCUCGAUUAUAUAGGGCUACAGAGCACGAUUGAACUUUUGUUGGACCAGGAACUAGGCCCCAAACGCUACUCAUCUUCUUGGGGGAGACGCUCUUCGAAAAUAGCCAGAGGCUCCGCCAAUUCAAGAACUACCACAUGAAAUUCGACAUGCUGUUUACCUAAACAUCGAUUGCCAAACUUCAAUUUUGAUAAAACGUUACAAUUCCAAGAUGGCGGCGAUGACGUCAUGCUCGGUUCCUGGUCUAUAUAGUACUAACGUAUUUGUUAAAUGUGAUUUACUGGUGUAUGAAAGGUUGACUUAUUACAGGACAUUAUAGGGCUAAAAAAUUUGGUUAUUAUUGUUAUAGUGUAUAUAUGUGGAGUAAAAGGAGAAGUAUGAUGUGAUAUAAACAAUAAUUUAUUUAGACUUGUGUGUGUAUGUGUGUGUUCAUACUGCCGACUGGUAGAUAAAAUGGUGGAUAAAAGUGUAUAAAAACAAUUUGAUAGUUUUGUUUAGGUAAGGGAUAAAGCACGACUCGUGAAGUUGUACUUAAAAAGAUAAAAUCCGAGUGAAUAAAUCCGAUGUAAAAGAAAGAUCGAUGCCUUAGGCCAAGUUCUUUUUUUGCAUCGGAUUCCUUCACCAGUUUUACCUUUUUGCAACACGCGUGUUUUAUCUCGUAUAUGAACAGUAGCAAAAAAGGAAAAUUUUGACACAUAUCUCGGUUGUAAAUAUUUUGAAAGUAAAGAAUAAAUUUAACCGGGUUAUUAUGCCCAGAAAACAACCGCUAAAAUUAACAGGAAAUGACCGGCAAAUGCGCCAUGAGAUAUUACGGCGCCAUGCGUUAUACUGUUGGUAUAUUUUGUGAGAUAUCUGUUGGUCUAGUUUUUAAAGUUAGCAUACUCUUAGUGGGUAUUUUUUUUACAGAAUACCCCUGGCUGAUAUUGUAAGAUUAAUAUAUAGGUUGGGUUUUAAGAUCAUUUUUUUUAUACAAGAAACUUGACUAUAUUAUAGGAUUUAUCUCAACACCAUAAGCACGGUGUUACGAAUUCUCUCGGCACCAUUUAGAGUCGUGUAAUGGAAGACUAAUGCAAACUGUAAAUAUUGUUAAACACAUAUAAAUAUUUAUUUACAAAUAUGGUGCACGUCACCGAGGUCCAAUUUCUCAAAAACCGAAUCUUUAUUAGACGAUAAACCACCAAUUGAUUGGAAUCUGUAAUUAAAUAUAUUAUGGAUCCCUGAUUUCGGUUGGUUUAGUAAUUGAUUUUGACCAAUGACAACCCAGCAUUGUUAAAUAGCUUAGUUUUAUUUGUCGUUGAUAAACGGACAUGUUUUUGUUAAAUAUUUAGGUUUUCUUUUCGAGAAAUUGGACCCACGUGUUGAUUUACACUGUAAUAUUUAUUGAAACGUUGUUUUCUGUAAUUUAUUCAGGGAAUUGUUGUUCUUAUAGCAACCUUUAAAUGAGUAAACAUGGCAACUAAGACAUUUGAUAUUUUGAUAAUUCAUAGGCUAUAAUAAAGGUU